AGUCGAGCUCUGACAGCAGCAGCAGCUCCGGAGGCUCCAGCGCUCGGUAAAGCAUGAGGAUCCGCUCAGGUUUCGGGCUUCAUUCUCCCGGUAUCCGUGUUUUGAUUCCGCUCGCUAACAGAGUUCCGUUCUGCGCGAUGGAGCGACACUGAACCUGAACGCGUCCGCCCGCUGAUAUGGAGGAGGCUUCCAGCAGCUCGGACGCUCUCCAGCCUCAGGAUCUGUCCUCCGUCUGCAGUCUGCCUGACAUUGAGUGUUUAUUAAAAGCCAAUCCCAUGGAUGGUCUGCGUGUGGUCCAGACGCCAGCCUGGUUUGUCGCUCCCGGGACCAGCAAUGGGAUUCUGCUUCCAGAGAGCGACUCCGAGCCAACGAUUCCUGCGGGUCAGAUCCAGCCGGAUGAAGCGUUCUCCAACACCACCGUCACGCUGUCCUACGUCAGCCGCUCGCAUCUCUUUUCAGAGCAUUCCCCAGUCUGCGGUGUCCCUUCAGCGUUUCUCCGGGCGUACGAUGCUGGGAAGCUGGCGACGGAUGCAGGAGAUGCAGACUGUGUCCAGCAGGUCUCCGUACCGCUCGGAUUAACAACCUGCGAACAAUUGGGAUUCCUGACGCCAGCGCAGGUCGUGGAAAACAUGGCGGCGCUCUGCUACCUUCAGCAGCCAGAUGUGGAAAACCUUGCGUUGGAAACGCUCAAGUCUUUGCAAGCAAAUCCAGCCGAGUGCAGAUUUCCCAUCAGCGUGGAUGAACUUCAGAACGGAGCUACUAAUGGGCUGUGGAGUGUGAGUCCAUUCCAAGGAGGAUUUCCAGAGGAAAACGGUGGCGAUGUUGAAGGAUUGCAUCCAAAUGCUAAUCCAGAGCUUGUGUUUUUGAUCUCCAGAUCUGAGGAGCCGCUCAUCUUACCCAAUGAAGCUGCAAGCUUGGCUAUAUCUCUAAACCCAGACUUUGUAAGUCCGCUAGAUUCUGCAUUACCUUCCGAAGAGCUAACGCAAGAUGAUUGUGCUUUUGCUCAAAAUGCAACUCCCCCUAGUGGACUAAUGAAUGAUGCAAUGCAAAAAGAAGAGAUUGAAGUCAUGAACUCAUCGUCAUGCGUCAAACUAACAAAGCAAACUGAGAACGGUGCAUCAGAUGCCUUCAAAACAAGCGAUCAUUCAGUUACCAAAAAUAAGCAGAUUCCAGAGAGGAAGACACUGCCGCCUAGAGCUGGACGAGGCAUGAGGCUCGAAGCCAUCGUUCAAAACAUGCAACCCUUCAGAUGCAAAUCAACGCGUGUCGUAAAACCUCGAGGAAGAAACAAACCAUCGAGGAUAAAAACACACAGUGCGUCAGAGGAAAAGACAGAAGUGCAGCAUUCACACACAGAGCAAACAGAAGUCAGACGCUCGAGCAGACGGAAAGACACAAUAUCUACCUCAACUCCUGUAGAGACGUUUUUAAAAUGCACAGAGGAAAAGUCCUCCAAAAGAAACUUUGGUUUGUUAACAAGCAACCAAGUGAAUAAAGCAGCGCCCAAACAUAACGUUUCAACCAAGAAAUCCGUCAAACGGAAUAAAAAGAGACGCAAAACGACCUCCUUCUUUGCUCCGCAAGAACCUGAAAUAAAUCUCAAAUGUCUCAAGCUGAAGAGGAAGGAGGUGCGGGACGAUACGUUUGCGCCGUACGUUCGGGUGCAGUUUUCAAACUGUACAAUUGUCAACUAUCCCAAUGAGAAACGAGGGAAGAGGAAGGCGUCUGCUGGGUUCUUGUCUGGGAUAAUGCCGGCGACGGCUGGAUUUCAAUAUGGACGGGUUUGCAUGGACGGCGAACAUCAGGAUUUUUUGGUUUGCUGUCUCUGCGGGAGCUCAUCUAAUGCGAUGGAUCUCGGAGAUCUGCAUGGGCCGUAUUAUGCAGAAGGCUUUAAACCGACCUCUAAAGCUGCUUCUAAUCAUCCAGAGGAUGAGAAUAGUGACUCGGACUCGUCUUGUAGAGGAAACACUGCUGGGGGAAACUGGACCAACUCUUCGGAUUGGAGAUGGAGCGGAGUCGGUGAGCCAGCCAGGAGAGUCGGAACAGACUCCCCCAUUGAUUGGUACAGUCCGCCGUUGGUUCCUCUGCACGAAACGGAGCACUGGUUUCAUGAGGACUGCGCCAUAUGGUCUGCAGGGGUGUUUCUGGUUCGGGGAAAACUGUAUGGGCUGGAAAAUGCUGUCAAGUUGGCAAAAGUCUCAGUUUGUUCCACUUGUCAGAGAAGAGGAGCGACGCUGGGCUGUGUUUAUAAAGGCUGUCUGAACAAAUACCACUACACAUGUGCAGUGCAGUCAGGCUGUGUAUUAAAUGAGGAUAAUUACUCAAUGAAAUGCAGAAAGCACAAGAACUCCUAUCAUCAGAUCAACAGGUGACAGCAGACGGAGAGCAGCACGGCAGAUGCUGAAAGCGUGUUCAGACUUCAUCGAUUCAGUGAUUCACUCCGGAGCUUCAGAUUCAGAAAGCCUUAAAGACUUCACUGCUGCAGAAGAUUCAUACUGUAUCCGAAAUCGCCUCCUAUACCCUCAUUCACUAUUCCCUACACUGUAAAAUAUCUGUUCCAUCUUUGUUUGCGGUUGUGAAUUGCAUUAUGGGAUGUUGAUCUCUGCUUUGUCCACUGUUGAUGUUGAAAAUUCAACUCUACAGUUGAACAAAGUCACUUUUAUUGACAUUUGAGAUAAUAUAAGACAUAAUAUCAAGAGAAAUGAGUCUGUAAACUAACAGAAGAUGUGCUGCAGUUUAUUAUAAGGUGUUUAUAGUGUAAUAUACAACACCAACACACACAAUACAGCACUGCACACUAAUAUACAUGAAAAAUUAACUAAAAAUUGUUGUGAAGAAAGAUCAAGCUCUUAUAAUGCAAUUCAGAAGCAGAAAUAAACUGGGAGAAAUGAAAACCUGAAUCACUAAAUAUAGAAAACUGCUAAUAUAGGCAUAUUUUUACUGUGCAAUUAAUAUAGUCCACUUGAAGCACUGCUGAGUUUUGCUUUUAAUAAAUCCCUUAGAUGGGGAUUUUAUUUUAACCUCAGUCAAAUCAUGUUAUAGUUAUUUAACACUCAAGCUAUUAGUAAUGAAGCAGUGAUUUUUGGUUUCUGUCAUAGUAUAUAAACGUCACUUGAAUUAAAUAAUAGUCUAUUUUUAACUACACACCAAUAGAAUUGUGCUUUAGACGCCAUCUAGUGGACAGAUGUGGAAAUUCAUUUAGCUCUCGCAGUGCAUUAUGCAACAUAGGCUCAUUCUGAAAGCGUACCCUUAUAUACGUUUCUGGAGAUCACGAAUUUUGAAGCCAGAAGUAUGAAUGGCUGCAUUUUUACUUUAAAACGAAUGCUAGGGGGCGCCACUUACCUCCAUAUGGACGGCUUUUCCAUUGUUACCAGUUCUCCAGUGGCUCACUGUGUAUGUUGGCAGACUAGUGAUGUGGCGUGGAGUUGACAGCGAUGACAGGGUUCAAAUUUGGCGAAGACCGGUUCCAGAAUGCAGAAAAGCCAAAAAAUAAACAAGUAACAAGGGCGGGUCAAUCUGCGCUUUUGAAAACACUAUUGGUUGGGUUUAGGGAAGGAGGAGGAUGGGUCUGUCAGUUGACAGCAGCCUCUUGGUUGAUUUACGUGAGAAUAGCAGAAAUUGGAGAUCUGAGAAAGCAAAUACAGCGGCCAAGCAAAAAAACAUAGCUCCUGGGAUGUAUUUGGCGCUCUCCAGAAAUGUAUACAGGGGUACAUAUUCAGAAUGAGCCUGGGUUGGUGUUUUCUAUCUGUCGAGUGCACAUGGGUUGUACACUCAUUAUUGCAGUGCAUUGUGGGAUUGAUUGAGUCCACUUCAGAUCAUCCGGUAUCGUUUUGGGCACCACUAGAAAUGGUUGCUCCCUCAAAUAGUGCACUAUUAAGGGUAUAAGAGGUGAUUUCUGAUAUCUGUCCAUCUGAAGACUGGAAAUGUGGGAAAACGCAUAUAAAAGUCAGUCAGAAUGCUCAAAUUCUGACACACACGUGCUGCUCUGGGUUCAUUUGCACAGUGUGUGACGGUUUUUAUGUUUAUUGUGUGUGUCAUAUUUGUGUUUUUUAGGGCACAAGUGUGUUCACGUUUUAAUUCCUAAUUCUUUAUGCGUUUAUUUAUGAAGAAGUUACAUUUUGUUAACCAAAUUUAGACCACUUUGCAAUAAGAUUUCACUAGUUAAUGUAUUUACUGAUAAUGAACAAUACACAUUUAUUAAUCAUGCAUUAUUAAAAUUAGUGCUCGUUAUCAUUCUCUAACAUGAACUAAUACUGAAAGACUUUAUUUGCAUUAACUAAUGUAGAAAAUAUUAAUAAAUGUUGUAUUGUUCAUGUUAAUAAAUACAUUAAUGAAUAUAACCUUAUUUUAAAGUGAGACCCAAAUUAAAUAUUGUGCUUGCCAGAAUAUAAAUCCCUUGAUAAUCAUAAAUAUUUAUUUAGUUUGUAUUUUUUUUGGCAAAAAUCCACUUAUGAAAGGUAAACAUGACAGGACAUGGGUGGCUCAGUGGUUAGCACUGUGGCUUCACAGCAUGAAAGUCGCUGGUUCGAGUAAAACAUGCUGGAAUAGUUGGUGGUUCAUUCCACUGUGGCGAUGGGUGAUAAAUAAGGGUCUAAGCUGAAGGAAAAUUAAUAAUUGUCAGGACAUAACAGCUGGAGUACAUGCAAAUAGAUCUUAAGGGCCCUUAUUUUAUGUUUAUUCAUUGGUUCAUGGUGGAGGAAACCCACGCCAACACGGGAAGAACAUGCAAACUUAGCACAGAAACACCAACUGACCCAGCCGAGACUCGAACCAGCAACCUUCUUGCUGUGAGGCCACAGUGCUAACCACUGAGCCACAGUGCUACACUCUCUUAUGUGUAAAAUAUAUAUUUUUAUAUUAUUUAAAUAACAGAAAUAAGUAUAACUCAUAUUCAUUCCAGCUCACCGUCUCUUAUAUAAUGUGUAUCAGGCACAUUGAUGAACACUUUGACUCCCUGGAUUUUAAAGUGUUUAAUGACAAUUUUUCAAUUACAUUAAUUGUAAAAACUAAAUGAUAAACAUUUAGUAGUGUUGAAUAUGAUCAUUGAAGUCUCUUAAAUCGCAGCAAGUGGAGUUUCUCAUCACUUCUAUGCACUUAAAGAUGAUCUUCUCGACUGAAUGAUAUUGCGUAGACGUGGUUAAAUCUUAAUGGAGACGAUAAGCUUGCGUUAGGAAUGAUAUAUAUUGAUGCCAUCAGAAAUGACCUGGACUUUAAACUCAUUUUGAUUCAAUAGUUCUGAUGCAAACAUAUUACUCCAUAAUGCUUUUGUUUAUUGGUUUUUUAACUGCCUUGCUAAGACAAAUCACUAUUGGCAUAUUUCUGUUUUCUUUUCAGACUCCUGCUGUAAAUGUGCAGCGCAUUAAAACAACAUCAGAUUAUUGUAUUUCAGUCUAAGGUUAUUUCAUUUGUUUGCAGUCUGUGCCAAAAACUGAAAGUGUCCUUUUGGCAGCUUUGAUCAGAUUUUUGUUGCUCAUUUCUGUGUUUUGGUGUUAUUUUCAGGUCUGUGUGAAUAUCAUGCAUUGUUUCUCUUUUCUCUAACUUGAAUGAAGUUGUCGCUUUUUUUUAACUACACACCAGAUGUACCAAAGUUUGCGUUGGUUUUCUCUCUCUUGUUCAGAUCUGACUCUCAGGGUUGAGCUGGUUUUGUGUUUUUAUUUACAUUCUUACAUCCCAAAAUGUAUUUAUCCUGAACUGACUCAGUUCUCCAGCGUAAUAAAUGGGCUUCUUUUAUUUUGCCUAAA